AUGUAUUUUUGUAAAAUAUUUGCUUUAUUCCUAUAUAUAUCAGUUCCUCUUUUUACUGUUGAGUGCGUGGGCACAAAUAGCCACGGCGGGUCAGGAAAUGGACGAGGCACUGGAGGCGGUGCCGGCACAACUAAACAGGCCAGUGGUGGCUCUGCAAAUCUGUCUGGCACUUCAACGUCUGAAGGCGGUACUAGUGAAGGUGCUUCUGGGGACGGAUCUGGAACACCCGCUAGGAAACAAGUCCCUGAAUCCCCUCUCGACCUGAGUGCUUUGAGUUCAACCCCCGAUAAUGGGUUUUUUCACGAAUACAAUCUUGACGACUGGAAAAUUAAGUGGUACAGAAGCUUUGUCGGCAAAAAUUUCAAUAAACUUAAACUGGGAAACACAGAUUUGUGGCCGGAAGAGGUCACUAAACAGUCCAUUUUCGAGUUGCUCGUUUUCAAUAAAGGCGAGAAGUACCUAAUUGCUGUAACAGCAUUGAAGCCCGAAGGAUAUCUCAGCACCCAAUUCGUCCACUACCAACCAAAUGCUAGCGAUCCAUCCAAUUCUAAGUCUGAAAUGUUGCAAGCAGAGGAAUUUUACACAAAAUUCCAGCAGAACCUAGACAGUAAAUUCGUCGAGCCCUUCCCGGAUAGACUUCCUAAAGACGUCGUCUACCAGAAAUUUAGGUGCGUCAAGGCCAAAUCGUCCAAUCCUAGUGCUGGACCGGAUCUAGACAUUGUAUAA